UCCUGAGCCUGAGAAUGGCCCGCACCAAGCAGACCGCCCGCAAGUCCACGGGAGGGAAAGCCCCUCGCAAGCAGCUGGCCACCAAGGCCGCCCGCAAGUCCGCCCCUGCGUCAGGAGGCGUCAAGAAGCCCCACCGAUACCGCCCCGGCACGGUGGCCCUGCGGGAGAUCCGUCGCUACCAGAAGUCCACGGAGCUGCUCAUCCGCAAGCUGCCCUUCCAGCGCCUCGUCAGGGAGAUCGCGCAGGACUUCAAGACGGACCUGCGGUUCCAGAGCGCGGCCAUCGGGGCGCUGCAGGAGGCCUCCGAGGCUUACCUGGUGGGCCUGUUCGAGGACACCAACCUGUGCGCCAUCCACGCCAAGAGGGUCACCAUCAUGCCCAAGGACAUCCAGCUGGCCAGACGCAUUCGGGGCGAAAGGGCGUUUAGAGAAACAAUGGCCCGCACCAAGCAGACCGCCCGCAAGUCCACGGAGGGGAAAGCCCCUCGCAAGCAGCUGGCCACCAAGGCCGCCCGCAAGUCCGCCCCUGCGUCAGGAGGCGUCAAGAAGCCCCACCGAUACCGCCCCGGCACGGUGGCCCUGCGGGAGAUCCGUCGCUACCAGAAGUCCACGGAGCUGCUCAUCCGCAAGCUGCCCUUCCAGCGCCUCGUCAGGGAGAUCGCGCAGGACUUCAAGACGGACCUGCGGUUCCAGAGCGCGGCCAUCGGGGCGCUGCAGGAGGCCUCCGAGGCUUACCUGGUGGGCCUGUUCGAGGACACCAACCUGUGCGCCAUCCACGCCAAGAGGGUCACCAUCAUGCCCAAGGACAUCCAGCUGGCCAGACGCAUUCGGGGCGAAAGGGCGUAGAGCGUCCCAAGGCGCGGGCGGCGCGGGACGUGGCGGGAAGUGUCGU